AUGCGUUCCCUCUACUAUUUUCUCCUUCUCAGCCUUUCGCUUCUGGGAGUCUAUGCCGGUAUCUUGGAAGAGCACGGGUACACGGUUGAGGAAUACCAAAAUGGACUAUACAUCGUCACCAGUCCCCAUUACUCCGGGGGAAACGCUCCGCUUGACAAGGUCAGAAUCAACGUGGAAAAGAAAACCAUGACCGUCUACUUGGCCUACAACGGCAAGGAAGAGGACCACGAGGACAAGUUGUACAUGUCCCAAGUUCUAGCGGCUCUUUGCGAUAAGGAGGGAAUCGAUCCCGACGAUUUGUGGUGGGUCGUCAUUGACGACGUCGAAAACGUCGCUACAAAGACAGCCAUGACCCAGUACCGCACCAAGUACGGCCUCCGUUUCAAAGACGAGAUCAGAGUCAAGCCCGAUCAGGAAGCGGACUGGGCCAUCUUCAACCAAACUCCUUUCUACCGAGCCGUAUACCGCAUGCUUCCUCGCAAGGGCAUUGACCAGAUCAUUAUCAAGAGGGAGGACGGUCAGACAAAUAUGUAUCUCUCAGUUGAGUGA